GCUCAGCUGCACGGCUCGGCUCGGCUCGGCUCGGCUGCGCGGCCGCGGACGGGCGUGCGCUGGGGGCGCGGGGCGCGGGGCGCGGGCCUCGGCGGCGGCGGCGGCGGCGGCGGCGGCGGCGGCGGCGGAAGCCAGGUGCCCCCGCCCGCCCUGUCCUCUCGACGAGGCGGAGGCGUCGCAGCGGGCCAGGCCUCGGACUGCCGCGUCGGAGUGGACGCGGGGGGCGGCGGCGCGGGCGGACGCGGGCGGCGCAGAGCAGCGGGGCCCGCGGGGGCGCCCCGGCCCGGUCGGCGCGGACGGCGCUCGGCGGACGCGGGCGGACGCUGGGCGGCCCCUCCCUGCCCGCGCGCCCGGGCGCCCCUGGCCGGCGCCGGGCCCCGGAGCGAUGACAUCGACGGGGAAGGACGGCGGCGCGCAGCACGCGCAGUAUGUGGGGCCCUACCGGCUGGAGAAGACGCUGGGCAAGGGGCAGACAGGCCUGGUGAAGCUUGGGGUUCACUGUGUCACCUGCCAGAAGGUGGCCAUCAAGAUCGUCAACCGUGAGAAGCUGAGCGAGUCUGUGCUGAUGAAGGUGGAGCGGGAGAUCGCCAUCCUGAAGCUCAUCGAGCACCCCCACGUCCUAAAGCUGCACGACGUUUAUGAAAACAAAAAAUAUUUGUACCUGGUGCUAGAACACGUGUCAGGUGGUGAGCUUUUCGACUACCUGGUGAAGAAGGGGAGGCUGACGCCUAAGGAGGCUCGGAAGUUCUUCCGGCAGAUCAUCUCCGCGCUGGACUUCUGCCACAGCCACUCCAUAUGCCACAGGGAUCUGAAACCUGAAAACCUCCUGCUGGACGAGAAGAACAACAUCCGGAUCGCAGACUUUGGCAUGGCGUCCCUGCAGGUUGGCGACAGCCUGUUGGAGACCAGCUGCGGGUCCCCCCACUACGCCUGCCCCGAGGUGAUCCGGGGGGAGAAGUACGACGGCCGGAAGGCAGACGUGUGGAGCUGCGGCGUCAUCCUGUUCGCCUUGCUAGUGGGGGCUCUGCCCUUCGACGAUGACAACCUGCGGCAGCUGCUGGAGAAGGUGAAGCGGGGCGUGUUCCACAUGCCGCACUUUAUUCCGCCCGACUGCCAGAGCCUGCUGCGGGGCAUGAUCGAAGUGGACGCCGCACGCCGCCUCACGCUAGAGCACAUUCAGAAACACAUAUGGUAUAUAGGAGGCAAGAACGAGCCGGAACCAGAGCAGCCCAUUCCUCGCAAGGUGCAGAUCCGCUCGCUGCCCAGCCUGGAGGACAUCGACCCUGACGUGCUGGACAGCAUGCACUCCCUGGGCUGCUUCCGAGACCGCAACAAGCUGCUGCAGGACCUGCUAUCGGAGGAGGAGAAUCAGGAGAAGAUGAUUUACUUCCUCCUCCUGGACCGGAAAGAAAGGUACCCGAGCCAGGAGGACGAGGACCUGCCCCCCCGGAACGAGAUAGACCCUCCCCGGAAGCGUGUGGACUCCCCGAUGCUGAACCGGCAUGGCAAGCGGCGGCCGGAACGCAAGUCCAUGGAGGUGCUCAGCGUGACGGACGGCGGCUCCCCGGUGCCUGCGCGGCGGGCCAUUGAGAUGGCCCAGCACGGCCAGAGGUCUCGGUCCAUCAGCGGUGCCUCCUCAGGCCUUUCCACCAGCCCACUCAGCAGCCCCCGGGUGACCCCUCACCCCUCACCAAGGGGCAGUCCCCUCCCCACCCCCAAGGGGACGCCUGUCCACACGCCAAAGGAGAGCCCGGCCGGCACGCCCAACCCCACGCCACCGUCCAGCCCCAGCGUCGGAGGGGUGCCCUGGAGGGCGCGGCUCAACUCCAUCAAGAACAGCUUUCUGGGCUCACCGCGCUUCCACCGCCGGAAACUGCAAGUUCCGACGCCAGAGGAGAUGUCCAACCUGACCCCAGAGUCGUCUCCAGAGCUGGCCAAGAAGUCCUGGUUUGGGAACUUCAUCAGCCUGGAGAAGGAGGAGCAGAUCUUCGUGGUCAUCAAAGACAAACCUCUGAGCUCCAUCAAGGCUGACAUCGUGCACGCCUUCCUGUCGAUCCCCAGCCUCAGCCACAGUGUCAUCUCCCAGACGAGCUUCCGGGCCGAGUACAAGGCCACGGGGGGGCCAGCCGUGUUCCAGAAGCCUGUCAAGUUCCAGGUGGACAUCACCUACACGGAGGGGGGGGAGGCACAGAAGGAGAACGGCAUCUACUCCGUCACCUUCACCCUGCUCUCAGGCCCCAGCCGCCGCUUCAAGAGGGUGGUGGAGACCAUCCAGGCCCAGCUGCUGAGCACACACGACCCCCCCGCGGCCCAGCACUUGUCAGACACCACUAACUGUAUGGAAAUGAUGACGGGGCGGCUUUCCAAAUGUGGCAGCCCAUUGAGUAACUUCUUUGACGUAAUUAAACAACUUUUUUCAGACGAGAAGAACGGGCAGGCGGCCCAGGCCCCCAGCACGCCCGCCAAGCGGAGUGCCCACGGCCCACUCGGUGACUCCGCGGCCGCUGGCCCUGGCCCCGGAGGGGACGCCGAGUACCCAACGGGCAAGGACACGGCCAACAUGGGCCCGCCCGCCGCCCGCCGCGAGCAGCCUUAGACACACUAGCCUCCCCCGCCCCAGCACAGCACUGACAGCGGCUGCCUCGCCGCCCGCCGCCCGUCCUGCCCCAAGUGGACCCGCGGCCGCGCCGCCCGUCCAUCCAGACUGUUCUCAGAGCCUGGGAGGAAAGGAAAGGGCGCCGGGGCCGGCCUGCGGGCUGUGCCACCCGUGCCCGCUCUUUCCUCUCUCCUGUCUCUGUCUUUUCUCUCUCCUGUGUCUCUGCCUGUCUCUGACAGCGUCGCUUGUUUCCACUCUGAUACCAGGAAUUAUCCCGAAAAGUUAACAUGUCACCUCCACGAGGCCAUCCUCUGUGACCGAAGGCAGCUGCUGCGGACCCGCCCUCCCUCCGCUCCUGCUGUUGCUGCCAGGCAGCGAGGCCCAGCCCAGCGCCCCGUCCACCCCGCGGCAGCUCCUCGCCUCAGCUCCGCACGGCCCGUGGGAGGAGGGCCAGGCUCGGGGGAGCCUCCUCCAGCCCGGCCGACCCGGACUCCCGGUCACCUGACCCCUCAGCAAGAACAGCCUGCCUGGCGGCCUUCUGGGGCCGGGACCCCCGGUGGGCAAAGUAGCCACAGGAACAGACCCCGUCCACCCCGUCCACCGCCUCCACGCCGCACCCGGAGGCCUCCUCGCGCCUCGCGGCCCAUGCCCCGCCUCCCUGGCCGUGCCGCCUCCGCCUCCAUGUAGUCUUGGCCUCCUCAGGCUGCCUCCCGUCCUCUCGUCUCACCUGCGCCUCCCUUGCCUCAUCUGGGGCGGCUGUGGGCUCUGGCACUCCUCCCCGGCUGAGGUGGAAACAGAGACCCUAGGGCGCCAGAGCCUUCCCAGCAGGCCAGGUCGCUGGGCUGGGAUCGGUGUUAUUUAUUUGCUGUUUUAAUUUAUGGAUUCUCUACACCUCUGUUCAGGGAAGGGCGGCGGCCGCAUCCCCUGCCGUCUGCCCGUCUCGGGCGGGGUGGGGUCUGGGGCCAGGGCGCCCUCUGAGGACAGAGCUGGUGGGGCUCGGGGCAGCUGGUGAGCUACUGUAAACUUUAAAGAAUUCCUGCAAGAUAUUUUUAUAAACUUUUUUUUCUUGGUGGUUUUUGGAAAAGGGUGUGGGGGUGGGGGCGCCGCUGGGACAGGGCCAGGUUUUGUGUUUCAGUCCCUUGCUCCCGGUUCUUUCUACACACACAUCUAAGAUGGUGCGGUUCGCUCUGUCAUGGGUUCCGUUUCUCUGCGGAGAAGCAGCUCCACCUGUGGGGGCUCGGGGCAGAGGGGCAGCGUCUCGUAGCGGACGGCAGCGCCAGCGCCCCUCUGUCGAGACCCAGGCUGGGGCGAUCUUGGUUUUGUGUCCAAGGGUGAAGGGGUAGGAGGAAGGCCCCCAGCUGGCCCUCCCCACACACAGGACGGCAGGGGCACGUGGGGCUUUUCUUAUUAAAAUUUUAAAAAGUUGAAAAAAAACAAAGGACAGAAAGAGUCGGUGGCGCUCCUCCGCUGGGCGUUCUGUGCAGAGCGAGGCCCAGGGUGUGGCCUGGAGGGGGCUGCAGGCCCCCCUGCCCAGUGCCCACCGCCGUGCUUCACCCCAGCUCCAGCUUCUGCGUUCCCUUCUGCCCACGUGCCCGGCCCUCCCAGGCGGGCACAGCCCGGAUGCAGCGGCCAUGGGGGGCGGCGGGUCUGAUGCAUGCCUCUGCCGUGGAGUCUGUCUGCUUCAGUGCCUGCCCUGCCUCCCACCCACCUCGUGUGUACAUUUUAACGCUUCUGUUGACAUGAGACCUCUGCCACAGGCUGGGAUUUCUAGACGUAAGAACAAAAGCAAACGCCUAGGACAGCAAACGCCAGGCGGCCCAGGCGGGAAGGGGCUCUCCACGGAGAUCGAGGACACGAAGCACAACGCCUCUUGCUCGCCUUCCCCUCUUGUGCUUCAGACACGCGCGGACUCCAGCAGGCGCCACGGAAAUGGGCGAGCCCCCGCAGUGUACCCCUGUCGUAACUGUGAGCGACUGCAGCUCGGAACAAUAAAUCCCUUCCGCAAAGACA